AUGACAAGCAGCACGGCUGAGGUCCGUUCCACGUGGCGCGGCGUGCGGUUUUUCGUUAGCGCGGAUGUGCUUCUGACAUUCGGCAGCGUGAAGAUGUCAGAGCUGGUGGGAAUGCCGGGACAGCCCCAGCGGCGCAUUGCCGUGAUCGAUGGCAAGGCCACCCCUGUGACCUCGUACCCGGCCGCAUCCUUCUUUUUGAGGACGCUGAAGGCCACUGGAAAUUCAGUUAUUGUAGUGGCGCCGUGGAAGCCGGAGAAAACGGCAUCGCUUUUGCGUUUGUUUGGAUGGAGAGACGCGGUUGGCGAAGUCCGCGCCCUCUUCCCGGAGCCCGGGCAGGAGGUGUUUCGCCUGUCUUGCCUGGAUUGCACGCUGGAGGAGCACCACCUCGCCGUGGUUCUGACGACGUCGCGGGCGGCGUGGCACACGGCGCUCUGGUCUCAGAUUGUGGAGGUGACGCACGAGGUGAGUUGCCCUUCCCGGUCUCUCGCUCUGUUGCGAGCGCUUUCCUCCUGCCUGCGCAUUGCCGAGUGCCGCGUGCGAUUUCCAGCCACCGCCGUUUCCUCAUGUGUUGCGCUCUGCCGGGCACGGCUUUUUUCGCAAUACCGUUUCUGUCUCUCGCCGGAGGUCACGGAUCAGUCGACGACUGCGAUGCUGAUUAACGCACACGGUGGAUAUUUAGUCACCAGCUACGCGGAUGCGACGCACUACGUUAUUGGUGAGCGGGACGACGCAUUGCCUUGCGCCCCGCAAAGGACUGAGUUGUCGCGUCGGGGCGCGGCGAGGGGCGCCUCCCCGGCCUCCGCGAGCUCCAGCGCCUCCUCCCCGUCUGUGGUGGAGCUGGUCGGGGACGAGCGGGAUAGCGAUGGCUCGUGGAGCAGCGGCUCCAACGAGGAGGCCAACGACGCGGAGGCCUGGGAGGACGAUGAUAGCAACGACCACAAUUCGGGGGACAACAUCCAAGCCCUUGAUGACGCGAAGCCGGCAUCCGUGGCGGCAGCGCAAGCCACGGUAAGCGCGGGCGUUUCACCAGACCCGGCGAAUUCACUCCCCGCUUUGCCCCGAGUGAACGGGCGUCAGGGGGCGGAGGCUGCCGAUGCGCCAGCAGUUGCAGCGACGCCAACUCCUUCCACAACGACAACGACGACGACGACGGCGGCGGCGGCGGCAAGCACUGUCACUGUCCAGUGGUUGCAGGACUGCAUAGAUGGGCUCUUGGUGUACCCGCACCAAGUGGCCCACUCCAGUAACGACAGCUCACAAUGGAACAUUUCUACAUUAUUAAUAGCGGCACUUAUUCCUCCUCCAGACGUGGAGCCUGUUUCUUUGUCUCGUUUAAAUGAAAUCGCAGAGAGCCUCGGUUUUCGACCACUUCAGCUAACUCAGACGGAGGGCGAGGUGAAUUUGGCAACGGUGCUUGAGAAACAGUGGGGAGCCAUGCUAGAUGUGAAGAUGCGGGGAGAAGAACUGCUUCUGCAGCAGCCUGCCAUUCCUCCUAACGAGGGUGGACUGGAAAUGGAACGACAUUUGGCCUUUAUUGCCGAUAAGUUUAGCGAUGCAUGGUGCACGGCUAUUCGUAAUAGUCAACGAAGCAAAAUGACCGAGUCUGGUACACAAACGGCGGCGGUGCUCACUGCCACCUCCGAAACGAAUACAGAUGCUGUGCUGGUUAACGCGGAGGAGGCCACCGUGGAUGCACCCGCCCAGGGUCGAACAUUUCUAAUGCGUGCGUUGGGCCCUGCGGAGUGGGCGAAGGAGGUUGACGCGUCGCAGGAGGCGCACAAGGGGCUGCAGGUUGCAGAGCAAUCUGUUUCGCUGGAUCCCUUGACUGCCUUGACACGCUUAAAUGAGCCACCCACAGGAUACGACACCUCACCAGAGACAAAGGAAGUGUCGGCAAGCGAAGAGGAAGAGAUGCCGACGGCGCUUGCGCUGCGUGGCAGUGAAACCGAGGCGGCAGCCGCCGUGGUCGAUUCUAGUACGAAACCACUGAGCGAUGAAAGGGAGUUUGUGAUGUGCUUCAUCCCCACUGAGUUGCUUGGGGAUGAACAGAAGGCGUUGGACGUGGACCUCUUGCUGCGCCAGCCGCCCUUUCGGAAUUACCCGAUGAAGCUCACAGUUGACAAGCGGGGCAUUCAUUGCCUCUUUGUCACCACCUUUGAUGCGAAGCGGUUUCACCAGGAGGGCUACGCCGAGGUGCGCAAUAGAUUUCUUCCUAUUCUGCCUGAGUACGGGGAUGAGAGCCGCUCGGCAACUGAUACCCGUAAGCGGCGUCGUAGUCGCUCGCCCGUCAGCAAGCGUUCGACCAGCAGCUCGUCUAGAGGAACCCGCAAGGAUUCCUCCUCCUACAUCCGCAGCUCUCAGUCGCAUCGGGGUUCUGCUGGCGUAGAAACUUACGCAGAUGGCGUGGGCAGCACGGAGUUGUCGAAGAGCGACCUCGAACUUUUGGGCGAAAUUGGGACCACCGUCGAGUUUGCCCUGCAGCAUGUGGAUGUGUUGGAGCGCUACGCCGUGAACGACCUCGCGGACCCCGUAUUCCGCAAACAGCAGCACCAGUUGCUCCGUGUGAUAGAUAAGCUGAAGAAGGUGCGCUAA